AGCAUAGUAAGCUACGUCGAUGCUUCACUGUCACCUGUACGUGAAAUGAACACCUGUUGCCAUCGGGGUUUUUUAAAAAAAGAAGGAAAAGCGCUCAUGUUUCAGGUAGUUUGAAACGCCUGAAAGGAACCAGGCCCGCUGUUAGUCACCCUCACAGUGACCUGGCCUCCACACGGAGGAAGAAUAACGCACAAGUUAUUUGGACUUUAAGGGGGCCUACGAAGGAUGCGUUGUUAAGAAGGAAGUAACCCAUCGGCCGCCAGUUACCAAGCUACAGGUACAGAUUGAACAUGCUGCAGGUUGUGUGACUGACAGAUAUGGGGUCAGCGAGAUCGUAUAUGCAGAUUUUGACUGUGGUGGCCAUUUCUUGCCUAUUUUUGACUGCUGAAGGUGGGAGGCCAGAGGUGCGAGGAAAGGCCGGAGGUGUGGUGGAGUUGGAAUGCAGCUUUCCUCCAUCAGGCCCAGCUGCCGUGUCCUCCGCCUCCCUGCAUGUGGUGGAAUGGGUUCGACAGGGACUCGACAUCCCCAUCCUGAUCAAAUUUGGAUCCUAUAUGCCUCGUGUCCACCCACAAUAUGAAGGGCGCGUGUCUCUCCGGAGAAUCACCACCCUGAGGCUGGAGGGCCUGCAGCUGGACGACCAGGGCCUGUACGAGUGUCGAAUCCUCUUACUGGAUGAACCCACAGAUGAGCUGCAGAACGGCACCUGGACUAUGCUUUCUGUAACCGCUCCACCCACUUUCACUGAAGCCCCACCUCCUGUGGUGGAGGCUCUGGUUGGAAAUCACCUCUCUCUUGCCUGUGCAGCUAAAGGAAACCCCACACCAAAUAUAACCUGGAUGAAAGAUGGUAAUGUGAUUGAAAGAAUCAAUGAUCAGGAUGGUGGAGCCUUAUCUCUGCGUGCACUGAGCAUGCAGUCAGCAGGACAGUACGCCUGCCACGCCUCCAACUCGGAGGGAAAUGUGACCCGCGUGACCAGAGUGAAGAUCAAAGGUCCACCUGUCAUCAUCGUCCCUCCCAAAAGCACCUCUGUCAAUAUGUCCCAGAAUGCACUUCUACGUUGCCAGGCGGUGGCUGAUCCCCCCAAUAUGACUUACAUAUGGCAGAAAGGUGGAGAAAACGUCUACCACAUAGAGUCUCUGAAGUCACGAGUAAAGAUCAUGAUCGAUGGAACUCUACUCAUCUCCGGUCUCAUCCCCGUGGAUUCUGGAAACUACACCUGCAUGCCUACCAACGGCCUGCUGACCCCGCCCACCGCCUCUGCCAUCCUCACAGUGAUGCACCCCGCCCAGGCCCUUCAAAUGCCCCAGAAGACCUACCUGCCCACUGGUAUGGAUGGUGUGGUCACCUGUGCAGCAGCAGCUCAGCCUCCACUGCUGCGUGUUGAUUGGACCAAAGAUGGAGAGCCACUUGACCUGUCAUUGUAUCCAGGAUGGACCUUGACACCAGAGGGCUCUUUGUUCAUGGCAACAGUAAAUGAUGAUUCAGCAGGCGUGUACACAUGUACUCCAUACAACAGCUACGGCAGCAUGGGAUCCUCUGGGCCAACAAGUGUCAUUUUACAGGACCCCCCAUCUUUCAGCGUCACUCCGGAGAAGCAGUACCAGCAGGAAGCUGGGAGGACUCUGCUCAUCCCUUGUCAGGGAAACGAUGACCCGACGAUAAAAGUGACCUGGAGCAAGGUUGACUUGGCUCGCCAGAUUGCCUACUCCAUAGAACCCAAUGGUUCUCUUCUUCUGCAGCCUCUCACUAAGGAUCACCAGGGUUGGUGGGAGUGCAGUGCUGCUAACCGUGUAGCCUCUGUGAAAGCCACUACACAGGUUUUUGUCCUCGGAACGAGUCCCCAUGCAGCUACCGCUCUGUCCGUCUCUCCGGGGGUGAAGCAGGCCAACAUAUCCUGGGAGGCAGGCUUUGAUGGAGGAUCAGCACAGACAUUUUCAGUUUGGGUGAAAAAGAUUUCAGGACGUGAUAAUAACAGGAAGCAAGAAUGGUUUUCUGUGCCCGUCCCCCCCUCCUCUGGAACCGGGCUGCAGGUGACAGGCCUGUCUCCUGCCACCGACUACCAGUUCAGCAUCCUGUCUCAAAACAAAAUGGGCUCUGGGCCUUUUAGUGAUAUUGUCACUGCGCAAACAUUGGAUCCUCCGCUGAGGAGAAGUAAACUAAAGCCCCCUGCGUCGCUGUUGGCUGAUCAGGGCUCAGCAGGUGUUAUUCUGCAAUGGUCCCUUCCCGAAGCACAGCAUCCUCCCAUCACAGGCUUUGUUCUUCAGUCCCGCACCGAACAAGGGGAGUGGUUUAAUCUGGAUGAGGACAUCAGUGCCAACAGUAGUGCGGUAGUCGUUCCGGGUCUGCACAAGGACUGUGUGUACGAGCUGCGGCUGCUAUCUCGUCGUGGGGACUUGCUGAGCGAGCCCAGUCCAUCAGUCAAUGUCUCCACAGUGGGGAUGGAGAUUUACCCUGCCACAUCUCGACUUCUGGAGUUCGUCCCAGAGCCUUUAUUAGCCGGUGUGCUGGGCGGGGUCGGCUUCAUGUGCUUGGCACUGGUCUUGCUGCUGGGGUCCGCCUAUAUCAUCAGCUACAAGAGGGACCAGCGGCGCAGAAAGAAGGAUGAGCCCCAUCCUGCCAUCCAUAAACGCUCCCCAUCAAUUAAGACUUCAGGCACCGGCAGUCCAGACAGUAUGUUGAAGAAAAGCCUACUUCCAGCCGGCAACCUCUAUCCCACCACUUCCUCUACCACCACCACCUCCUCCUCGCAGACAGACUGUUCCUCCUUCGGCACUGAGAAUCCUCAACAGCGGAAGCAUCCUCUCUCAAACUACAGCAGAGGUCGCCUUAUGAGGACACAUUCUUCUCCAAUUUCUCCUUCAGUGGAGUUGAUCUCACGAGGUCCAGAUGGGCGCUUCGUGCUGCCACAGUAUGAUACAAUGACUAUUCAGAGCAAGAAAAACGUAAGGCAUGGCCAACCAGCAAGAGUCCGAAGAUCUGUGUCACUGCACUCUGAGAGGGACAGCAAAGAGCCACCUUUUGUACUCUCUGUUGAUCUCCCGCCGAGCACACCAGCAGUGGUUGAUUCAAGAAAACAAAUUUGUGGCAUGUCCCAGCCCUUGCCCAAUUAUAGCCCUUAUAUCUAUGAUCAGAAGUCAAGCUACGAUGGCGUUCCUGACCUCCGCAGCAUGUGCUCAAACAGUAGCUUGGCUACUGUCUCUUAUCAAGACAGAAAAUUUGCUCCAACAUUUCCUGUGCUCCCACAUAUCCGAUCCAGCCUAGGUCAGCCAUCUACCACAGCCAGCACUCUCGUUCUCCAAAUGGAGCACGAGCGGGAGAGAGGAAACUUGAGCCACUGCCUGAAACUGGCUCAGGAGAGGGAGGAGCUGGAGAUGGAGCUCCAGAAGUACACGAUGGAAAGAAGCUCUGUGAGAGAACUCAAUAGGGAGCAAUUAGACUUGGAAGGGAGAGAGGCUGACACUUAUGAUCAUAUGUGGCAAUAUAAGAGCAGCACAUUGCCUCACAGAUUGCCCCAAGGCAGCAAGGAGAGCUUUGCUUGGUCACAGAGCCCUUUCUCUUCAUCGUCUGUGUAUUGGGAUGCCCGUACUCUUGAUUCUCCUUCCUCUCAGAUCCCUAUCCCAACCCAUUUCAAUGAGACGUUACCUACAAGAUCAUCUUGUUUUCAGUCCUAUAACCAUCAUCCUGCCCCAUCGUUCACCCGGCAGUCCUACCUCCGAUCUGACGAGAGAGGCAGCCUUCCCAAAGACCGAUUAACACUCCCACAUCUGUCCUCAAAGCACCAGGGACAUGAAAGGAUACAGGCAGCACCAGAGGGUUAUGAUAAUUCACCACAAUCGACACUCUCAGAAAUGCAAACAUAUGAAUCAUGCUCCGAGGCACGGACACAGAACAAUCUUAGUCGUGGCAGCCUUUCAACGUUGUCUUUCCAUAGCAAUAAUUACACGGAAAGAUUAAAUUUGGCUCCAAAUGCAGUGACAGACUCUUUAGAAUUGGAGGUAGUGGUCCCUGAGCCCACUCAUGAAUACAUGUGCAUUGAGAUGAGUGUGGAUGACCCCGAGAUGGAUGUGUGUGUGAUGCAACCUACAGAGCCCAUGCUUCACCAAAGAAUCGCCUCCCAUGUGCAACAAGGGCACUCACUGACUCCCAGAGGCCGAUUCAGAGACAUGAGCAGGAGUUCAAGCUUUAACUGCCGUGGUUCUGCUCCCGUGGCUGAUGUUAUCACUGACCCAGCUUCUGUGCAACUUCCUGCCAGCACUAAAGCUGAAACCCCAAGUUCUAAAAUGUGGGACUCCAAGCGACGAAGUCAAAGCCUUGACUCAAGAAGAAGGAAAGAAAGCAAUUUCCUGACUCCUGCCGCGUGGAUAGAUUCACUCAGCCAAGAGAACUGCUCUGUUGCUUCUUCCUCUCGUCCACAAUCUCUGUUUUUGGAGCCCUUGAGCUCGCCGUCGAGGAAGAUCUUCAAAUCUCCUGCAAGUACUCCUUCUGCUGCCCAAGCUGCUUCCCGUUUACCUCCCAAUGUGGAUGCUAUGUCUCCAAGGCCUAGUUUAAAUCUCGACGUGCCUUGUCACUAUGAGCCAACAAGAGAGGCGUCCAUCUGUAAAGAAGCCAAAUGGACAGUCCCCUACCAGGAGUCCAUGAAAGAGGCUGAAGGUUCCUUGGAGGCCAUGAAGAAAGCUUACACAUACUAUCCAUUAGACAAAAAAGAUCAAGAGCCUCUAGAAAUAGAAGCAGGAGGCUACGAUGGAGUGCGAGAGUCAGGGAGCAGCUACAGCAGUUAUGCCAGCAGUGGCCGGGGAAGUAUGGAGCCAGCUAACGGACGUCUUUCUGUGUGUCAACUUUCCCCAACCCUCACCAGCUCACCUGAGACUGUAGAGGAAAUGCAGGAGAGCACAGAUGACAAACACAGUCUCCAAAUGGAACCAAGCCAAAGGAGAAAGGCCUCAGUCGAUGAAAAUUACGAGUGGGAUGCUGCUGAUUUGUGCUCACCUGGAGACCGUGAUGGCUUGCUUUCUUCAUUGAAUCUUCUGAAACCUUCUCAGUGCUGCAGCCUUCCCAGCAUGCAAUGCACCACUAAGGCACUGAAAAAUUACACUCAGCUCUCUUUGCUCCCGGGGCAUCAAAGCAGCUGCUCUGCUGAGCCAGAACCAGACACCGUGCUGUUCUGACAGCACCCGCCUUUGGCUCAUCUCACCUAGUGUGUCCUUUAACUUAUUGACUCGCAUCACAAGGCGACAAAAAGCGUAUGUGACAAAAAAAAAGGAGCACUUUUGUCUGAUCAAUCUAGUUCUCCUUUUUUUAAAAUAACAAAAGGUUAACAGGUUAGCUCUUUUUGAAGGGUACGUGGCCUAGUCUCUUUGGUAAGCAUCACUUGAAGAAAAUAGGUCUCUUAAAUGAGACAAGUCUCAGUAAAAAGACACAAAGACAGAAAAACACCUUUACCGUCGUUCAGAGAUUUCAAAGUCUCUUUUCCUUUUUGUCCGUUCACUGUCAAGCUCUUGACAUUUUUUGUUGAUCCCUACUUCAUUCUGUCGAUCUGUCGAUAUCAAAGCAUUUCACUGUGCUGAUGGUUUCAACACAUCCUGUAUGUGUGUAUGUGUGUGUGUGCUUUGCUAAGCAUUCAUCAUCCAGGGAUGACUCACUAGCCACACAAGGGACGAAAGGAUCUCAGUCAUCAUGAAGUGACUGCAUUAAGCUGGGGACGAUGAAGUUUUUAGAUAUCAUCAAUCAUCUUUGAGUUCAACAAAAGAGUUGUUUAUGAAAUGUCAUUAUAUAAGGAAGAUAAAUAGAAUAUUCUGCUCCACUCAUUCUGUUCUGCUUUAGUUCAACAUUUUUUUGUUAGAGUAAUUUCCCAACAGAGGUCAUUACCUUCUUUCUACUGCAACUUACAAUACUGUGAAUUUUUUAAAUCAUCAGCACCCUUCAAAAAGGAUGAAAGCCUCAGUUUUCUCCCCGGGCUUUCUCAUUGUUCAACAAAGCAAAAUCUACAAUCAUGUUUGGUAAUUGACUUAAGAUCGGGUCCGCUUGAAGGGAUUGUCCUUGUUUUGAAUCACUCAAGUUGACUGCUGUUCUCCCAGCAGUACCUACAGUAGUACCACACAAUAAAGCUCAAUGGUGCCGAUGACAGUCACAACAAUGCAAAGAAUCCUCUCAGAGAGCUCCAAACUGAGCUUAACAUUUUUUUUUAGCAAGGAGUCCUAGCUUAGGAGUGAUUCAGGAAACAUUCUCAGAGAAACUCUGAGUGAUGAAGGGACAGAAACUUUUCUCUUAUUGAGGAGGUGUGGUUGGCCCCGUUUCUAGCCAUGGCAUUUUUCAGAAACUGUGAUUGGUUGAUUCAAAAUCUUGAGAAAAAAAGUGCUCUCUGACUGAUAAUAGACAUAAAAGGACUGUGAAAUCAAUUGGGCCCAAUCAUAGAAUCUAGUCACACAUUGUGUAAAUAUGAACACUAUGAAAUUAACAUCUCGGUUGAAUAAAUUGUAAGCCGUACUUUAAGGUAUAUAACCUACAAAAUGUUUAAAAUCACAUGCCCACUCCCCACAGUCGUCUCUUUACAU